GUGAGUAUGAAAGAGAGUAGAGAGGUUUAAUGUUGAUGAAGCCAAGAAAGAUUUUUUUACCAAUUCAAGUGAACUCAUUUUGUAAAUUUAUUCUUUAAAUGUGACUGUUAAUUAAUUCAAAAUAAUAUUUAUAAUAAAGGUGACUUACAUUAUCAAGAAUUUUAUUCAUCCUUUCCUCUCUUCCCUUCUAAUCUCCUUUCAUUGUCCUAUUCCCUUUCAUCUUCAUCUCCAUCUUUAUCACCAUCAAUAUUUGAAGCAACAGUAACAUCAUUGCCACCAACUUUAUACUCAUCAUCAUUCUCAAGCAAUUAACUUUCAUCUAUCCUUUCCUUCACUAAGGUUUCAGUUUAACGUUUCUGAAAAAAGACUGUUCUUUAAGUAUUCUCAUCUGUUUAAAUCACCAUGGAGGGACAGAAAGAGUCUCCCGAGUAUUCCGUGUAUGCUGUGAGAAAUACUCGCCGGCUUAUGGAAGACAGACAUGUUGUCAUACCAGAUCUUCUAAGUCAAUUUAAAGAUAAGGGUGAUAAACAGUAUUCUUAUUACGCUGUUUUUGAUGGUCAUGCAGGGCCGGAUGCUGCACAAUUUGCUGCUGAUAAUUUACAUAAAAAUCUCGUCGAGAGCUCCUUCUUUCAAUCUGGAAAUAUAUUAGAUGCUUUUAGACAUGCAUAUGCUCUCACUGAUUUUCAAUAUACCGAAAAAUCGGAACGUGAUGGAAUUAAAAGUGGCUGUACUGCGGUCACAUGCCUUUUGGAAAAUAAGAAGAAACUUCACAUGGCAUGGGUUGGUGACUCAGUUGCACUUCUUUCUCGUAAUGGCAAACCGUGUUUCAUAAUGGAACCACACAAUUUGGAAAGAGAUGAUGAAAAAGAAAGAGUUGAGUCCAUGGGUGGUGCAGUCAUAUAUUUUGAUACUUGGAGAGUUAAUGGUACUCUUUCAGUUUCUCGAGCCAUUGGUGAUCCUGAAUAUAAGCCUUAUGUUUGUUCUGAUCCUGAUAUCGAACAGAUUGAUUUAGAUGGCACUGAAGACUUCUUGAUCAUUGGUUGUGAUGGAUUGUGGGAUAGAAUGUCUCCAGAGGAUGCUAUUGGACUUAUCUAUCAGCAUAUUCAAUCUAAAUGUCAUUUAGAACCAAGUGAAAUAGUGAAAGAUACGGCUAAAGUUCUUGCCGAACGAUCUAUAGAAGACGGCUCAAAUGACAACGUAACCACUAUUGUUAUCUUCCUUCGAGAUGUUGCAUCUAUUCUUAAUACCUCUAGUUCUGUUCCAUCCGAAACAUCAAAUAACGUGUUUGGUGCUAAAUUGAAUGGUGAUAAUUCGAAUACAUAUGAUCUACCAACCGGGCUUAACAACAUACAUACUAGUAACAGCAAUAAUAAUAACAAUUAUGACAACGGCUUGAUCGAUACAUCUGAUUAUGAUUCAAGACCUACGGAUAAUGGUUUGAUUAAUAAAGAAGUAAUUGAUGAUACAAUCGGUGCCAGUGAGGAUAAAGACAUUGUAUCACAAUUAGAAGGCAAAAAUUCAACCUUGAAUCCUUUUGCCGAUGAAUUCCAACCGAAUAUAACUAGCAACAACAUUAUAGAAAAUCAAUUUGGAAAUGAGCCAAAGAAGGACGACGAAGAAUUAAAUAAAAACGAUGGUUUAGAGAAAAAAGAUUUGUGGAUGAGUGACUUCAAGAAUGAUGGGAACAACGAACAACACCAACAAGAUUAUUCCAACCAGGCAGAAAUGCUUGAUGGUCUAGUGGUUAAUGGUCUAAGUGCUUCAGAAAACUUGUCUGGCAGUGAUGUAAACCAGCCUAAUUAUUCUUCACGUUUCGAAGAGAAUCUUCUUUCCUCAGAAGAAGUUGUUCAGCAAAAUCCUCACGAUCUUGCACAAGAACCUUCUGCACCUGAAUUGAUUUCUAUUGAUCAAGAGCAAUUUACAACCAUGGAGGCUAAUAUUUCACAAGCUGAAAUUUUUGUUGGCAAUUUAACUCCAACCGAAGUCCCUUCAACCCCUGUAGCCAACAAUCAAGUAACAGAUUUUCCUUCAGAAUUGUCUUCUCAAUUUGCUGGGGAUAACUCAUCGCAAUACUCUUUCGAAACUACUCAAAGUAACCCUGAAAGCAAUGUGAAUCAGUAUAUAACUUCUGUGUCCGAUGCAAUGAUUUCCGAAUCUUAUCAAGAUCCUUACUUCGCGUCUGAUUCAGUUGAGCCCGAGUCAAUCAUUGUCAACACAUGUGAUGAUGCAAUUUCUUCAGGUCCUCAUGCCAUUGAUCCUUACUCUGGUGAUGAUAAAGAACUUGAAUCGGAUUCAACUAAAGAACUUGCUGAAGUACCACUCAACCAGCCUCUUACAGAAGAAGUUGCUAUUGAAGUUACUGACAAUGCACCUCUUGGAUCAUCAAAUCCAUUCGGUUCUAGUAUUCUUAAUGAAUCUCAAGCUCACUUAGCUGAGGAGCUUGAAGCUAAAAUGCCAAGAGAAGAAGAAAAAUCCUUUUUCACUGAAGAUACUUCUUUCGCUGAUAAUAGCUCUGCGUUGUUAGAUUUUUCAGCAGAUCAAGUUGAUGAAAUAGUGCUUUCACCUUACCCCGCUAAUGAAUCUAGUAUAAUGGAAACUAAAUUUGAGCAAUCUAUUGAAGAGCCGAUAACAGAGCAGGAAUUAAUUUCUCAACAAGAAGUAUCGCCCCCUGAAAAGUCUGAAGAUUUAUCAGUAAUCACUGAAAAAACGACUGAACUUACCAUUAACGACGAGUCUGGAGCCAAUGUCCCCCUUGAUGCUCCCAUUACCGAAUCUAAUCAAACUGAAAAUAUUACUGAACUCAUUUGUGGUUCAACAGAGGAAAACCCCAGUGAGGCCAUAGCUUCUUCAAAAACAGAAGCUUCUAAAGAGGAGGAAACUGUUGGCGUGACCACUACUACUGUUGUUGCUGCUGCUGCUAUUGCUGUAACAGCAGCUGCAGUUUCUGGUGCUGCUAUUUCAUCAAAGAGCUCCCAACCAGUAAUUAAAGAAUCAACUACACAGGCAAAGAGUAGUAUUGCUAAAAAAUCAACAGCACCUUUAUCCAAAACAACAAGUCGAACAACUGCAUCUUCAGUUAAACCAUCAACUGCAACCAUUACAAGAAAACCUUUGCCGACAACUUCUACCACCAGAACAGCUUCUUCUAGACCAAACGUCGGAUUAGCUUCCAGUAAACUCCCAAGUAAACCUACAUCUACAUAUACAUCCACAGCAACUGUCAAGAGCUCGACAACUUCAAGAGUUGGAACUACAUCAACAUUAAAUAAAAAACCUACUUCAACAACCACUUCAGGUAUAUCUAGAAUAUCCUCUCUUGCUUCAAGAACGAGUUCAUCUACCGCACCAUCAUCAUCAUCAACAACAACUGGCAAAACAUUGACUCGAACUACUACUACUACAGCUAGUUCUGCAGCAUCUAGAAAACCUCUAUCAACAACUACCACAAGUGGCACAACUAGAACCACUUCUACUACUAAACCAACUUUAAGCAGUCGAACAACAACAUCGUCAUCACGGACGGUCACUUCUUCCACCGCCAGAACCGGUGUUAAAGAAACAGAUAAAAAGGAAACUUCAACUGGAUUAACAAAGCCUACUACUAAACGAGCCUCUACAGGUUCUAUGUUAAAUCGACCUUCACCCGGUGCCUCCUCACUCACUAAUAAAGUUAGCUCAAGCGCUUUGAAUCGCUCGAUGACUAGCUCUUCUCGUCCCGGUGCUACAACUAAUACAACUGUAUCAAAGCUAUCUACUCGUCCAUCAUCUUCCACAAUGUCUUCAACCAGGUCUCCUGGUCUUUCUUCAACACGCUCAUUAGGAGCAAAAACUUCUGCAACUACAACAACCAAGUCAACCACGUCUACCAAUAAAGUAGCCGUAUCUAGAUUAGGAGCUAAUAAAAAGCCUACCGCUUCAACCACAACUUCAAAAGAGGCAACAUCAGUCACUAAUUCAUCAUCCAUAAAUUCAACUGGCGAAGUAAUAAACUGUAAUGAUCAGAAAACAAGUUCUUCCUCUCCUGUUGAUGCAACAACCAAUCUCAUAGGUACUACAAGUAAUGCAAUUACUAAUAGCAUUAAAAGAGACAAAAAUAUGCCUAAUUCAGCAAACUCUUUGAAAGAUGAAUUAGAGGCGGCCCUAGCAAGUCCGAUCUCAUGUGAAGAUAAAGGCGUGAUAAAGGGAACCAAAGAAAAUGAAUCAAGUGGAAACUUGUAAAACCUGAAUAUCCUUUCUUACUCCUUCUCCUCUAUCUAUUUUUCUCUAUUUUCGCUCCUUUUUUUCAUAAGAUUCUUUUUUCCAAUAGGCUUCCUCUUUCUUUCUAAAACUAUCUUCUCACUCGCUCUGGGCCACCAUUUGGAUUAGCCCAUAACAUUACAUCUCCUUCAAACAACAAACACAGACGUUUAGCCUUAUUUUUUCAAUAUAUUUUACCAUCGAAAAGAUCAAGGCAAAAAAUUAGCCGGUGUUGAA